GCAAGCUUUUAGUUCAUCAUAUACAUAUAUACUCUGAUAAGCUUCUAAAUAGAAACAAACGGGACAACGUGAGAAACUAUUAUACAAGUAUCACAUAUGAAACAGUGUAGUUUCAUUUAUUCGUUGGACGUUCACGAGACACGUUUUCUAUUUUUAAUAAUCUAUUUCUGGAGAAAUUACAGAUUAUUAACGUCACUGCAAUGGAGUCAGCAAAAUGGACUUAGCAACGAGUUGGAUCGUCAGGAAUGGCAUGAUCGUUCGUUCUGGAGAUUUGUCGAGGACAAAAGUUCUGGCUUUCAUCGACACCCACUACGGCACCGCUAUGGAUUAUGUAAUUCGAAGAAGAAGAAGAAUAAGAAGAAUAAGAAGAAGAAGAAGAUGAAGAGGACGAAGAACGUGGAAGGGUGGAACAGGCGUCUUGCAGCCAAGAAAAUUUUACAAAUAUUCGUGCGAUGGUCUGAUAAAUUCCAUCAAUCUUUAAAAAUACACUGUUGGUCAAGUAUCUGGCAUUUAAAUGUAAUAAUUGAUAGAGCAAGUCAGUUUAGAAUUUUGAUAUGUUAUAGAUGUCUUCAAAUAAUAAUCUACGAAAGUAAAGGAAAUUUCUAUCGAUUGACUGUACUGUCUAAUUCAUAAGUCAGUUGAAAAUACAUAGAAGAUGAUUCCAAAUUAUAUUCAUUGAAUUUCAAAAUAUUAUUAUCAAUAUAGAGCAAUUAUUUGUAUGUCACGUGAUUUCACUGUCACGUUAAAUGUCUUGGGCAUUUCUAACCCAAUUUCUGACAAUAAAAUAUCUACGUUAAGCGUGCAGUUUCUUAAUUUAGUAUAAUCUUUCCUCGAAGAAUUUGGAUUCUAACCCAGAUUUCUUUUAGAGGAGCGAAAAAGUUGGAAGGCGAUGGAGGAGGAUCGAGAGCCAGCUUCGCCUUAGAGUCGCUGAACCGAGAGGAAUGCAAGAGUGAAAAUGGAGAGUGAAAUAGAGAAGGGAAGGGAAAGAGGGAUGGAGCACACAGCACGAGGUACCCCGAAGAAUCUGCAGGCUGUACCAGAAGCAAAAGGGCUGAGGCUAUAAACGGGUUAUGUAAGAUUGAGUAGCUGCCACGUGUCGGCGGACGUCGCAUUGCUUCUGCACUUCCUGAAUUCACUUUCGCAAUCGACAGACCUAAUGCCUUUCCAAAAGUCUGGAACAUCGAAAUCUUUCAAUUUUCGAAGUCUGUGAUCCGUCAUUCUUCUUUAAAUAGUCUUUGAAAAUGAAUGGAACAUUGUUGAAAAUAUUGUUCACUGACAACAAUGAUCUUCGAGGAUUACAUAGCCAGUAGAAAUCUUUUCAAUGUUAAUUAAUCUGGUGAUAUUUCACCUAUAUUCUAUAUUAAUUAAAAGAGAUUAAAUGACUAUAGUUUAGGAACUAAAUGAUGAAGUUGAUCAGUUUAGCCUGCAUGUGACUAAAGUA